CUCUUGUGAGCAGGGGUUACCAGACAGAAUGGAUUAUGCACAAAGAAGGAGUUAUAUUUUCAAUUUUGCCAGAAUGUGGUCACUCAUUGUUUUGGGAAUAGCCUUCCCUCUUUCAGCUGUUUGCAAUGGGGGACUCGAUGCAAAAUCCCCAGAUGGGUCAGCAAUGUUUGGGUUGACUAAAAAUGAAAGUAGUUUUAGCACUGCAGAGGUUGAGAGAAAUCGACUUGGAAAGCUGAUUGAUCGGAGUGCAUCUUCCAACAGAUUUCUAAGGCAAGUGGAUUACCAUGCAGGAAAAGGAGUGUAUAAGUCCAGCUCCAGGCAGAAACACCCUUUUUUCACACAAUCUGGAAGCAGCCACCCAAACUUUGAAACAGCCAGGGGAAAGAACUGGUGUGCUCACGUUCAUACAAGACUCUCGCCUACUAUGACAAUACAGAAUGAGCAGACUUAUGUGAUGCCGAAAACAAACCUGUGCCCAAUGAAACUGGGACACUGCCAGCAAAGAUACCAGAUCCUGAACCGCCCAACUUACAGGAUGAGGCACAAGAUAGUGACUUCAUUGGAAUGGAAGUGCUGUCCUGGCUACACCGGAGCUACCUGCCAACCCAAAGACCAACAUUUAAGGAGACAAGCGGAAGAGAAUCAAGCUGAGAGUCAGAUAACUGGAGCUGGUGUGUCCCAGGAUCCUCAACAACCUCUUGAUCCAGCAUUAACAGCAAAAUUCAAUGACAAGCUGUAUAAUCAGGAAAUUAAGCUGAGCUUACUGCGAAAGAAAGUGGAAAACAUGUCUGCCAACAUGAAUGAUGUACGAAGUGUGCUGUACUCUCUGGAGGGAAAGCUAAAUGAAGAUCAAGGGAAAGAUCUGCAGUCAACCUCGAAAGCAACAAAAUCGAAAGGAUUUCAAGAGCUGGUAAAAGACCUGGUAACACAACAAAUUAGAUUGUUUCAAGACAACACACAGGAGAUGGUAACUCAACUUUACAAAACAAUUUCAGGUUUAACAGAGGAACUUCAAAGCACCAAAGAUGCAAUCAAUCAGUUAAACAGCACAAUUUUAUCAUUAUCUGAGAAUUCCCAGUCCAAAACAUUGAGGCAAAAUUAUACAUCUGUUCUUGAAAUCCAAGAGAUCAGGAAGGAAAUGGAAAUGCAUAGAACUGAUGUAACAGUGGCUUGUAAUGGUACAUCUCAGGAACUGAAUGAAAAGUUCAAAUCUCUUCAAGCAGAAUUGGAAAAAACGAACUUUAGAAUUGAUACUUUCUAUGAAAACAUGAACCACACAUUUUCCCAGGUAAGAGAAACUCAGGAGAGGCUGAACUCCAAUCACAUAUUCCCAGAUGCCACCAUUUCGGAGGAGGAAGGAGGUCAGAUGGAGGAAAGCUUCCAAAAGAAUUUGCUGAAUAUCACCAAAAAGAUCAAAGUUCAGGGACACAUGAUAUCCCAGCUGUAUGCUGAAGUAAAUGUGCACAGGUUACAACUCUUCAAUUUAACAUAUUUAGUUAGUAGCCAGCAGGAAGUGGUGAAUGGAACAUGCCAAGAGAUGGUCGAAGAAUGCAAGAGUAACACAGACCAGUUGAACAAAAUGGAGAAUAAACUGUAUAAUUUAAAUAAGACAUUCACUGAUACUUUCACCUUAUUAGAGGACUUCUUGGCCUCAUUGAAUGAGAGAAUCAGCAUUUUGUCAUAUGAUGUGGAAAUUCUUCAAUCUGUGAAUGAAAGACACGUGCCACUGGAUGAAACAGGCCCCGCUGGCUAUGGUUCUGCGGCUGCUGACCAUGGUGACCCUGUCCAUGGUGCUGCAAGCCGCGCCUUUGCUGCCCGCGAUGUCGCUGUCCAUGGUUCUGAAGUCGCCGUUCUCGUUGAGCGUUUAAACAAUCUCAGUUUUACCGUGAACAGCUUGGUUGCAACUAUCAAAGGUGCAGGAGAUGAUUCACCGAUCGGAAACCAAAACCAAGCUGGAGAUGAAUCACUCACCAGCUUUCUAGCGGAAUGCCGUUUUGAAAUUGAAGAUAGUUUGAAUGAUACAAUGAUAAUUAUUAAUGAUGCUGUCGAUUCUAUGAGAGAUUCUUAUUACAUCCUGGAAAAUAAUGUCACACAACUACGGCGAUAUGUUUUGGAAUUGUAUCACAAGAAUGUUGAAAAACAGACUGAUGCUUUGAGUGUGGUUCCACAAUUAACUGAAUUAAAUGCAUCCUUUAUGGCCAUGCUGGAUGACUUGUUGAGACACCAAUAUGCUUUGGAAAUGAUAGGUAGCCUUGAGGAUAUGAAGGAAAAUGAGAUGAAUGUUCUUCCAAAUCUAAUAAUGAUGUCUCAGUUGUUGAAUAAAACUGUGGCUACAACUGAAGUUCACCAACAGAUGAUUCGCCGCCUGGAGGAAGCUGUCCUUCAUUCCCCUUCAGAAGCUAGAGAUUAUGAAUCACGAAUUCUAGCACUUGAAACACAAAUGAGCUCUCUAAUGGGGAGGUCCAAAUCAUCAACAAAAGUUAAAACACCCAAAAUAACAAAAGGUGAAUUCCAGCUUGCACCUCCUAAAUAUCAGGUGCUGAGCCGCAAAGUGACAGGAUUACAGUCCAAAUGGAUUAACUUGAACAAGAGGCUCUCUCAAAUGGAAGAGGUAACCGGGAAAACCUGGGGAUUGUGUCAGAACCUGUCUCUAUUGGUUACUCAGGUCAAUGCCAGUUUUUCACAGGCUGCACUGCCAGUAGUAAAGCCAAAUAUCACAGAUCUUCAAGAGGACCUGAGAGACUUCAUGCAAUCUAUCAGUGAGGCCACUGUAGGCAUGUAUUUCACUAAUAUGACAGUUUAUAUGGAUAGGGCCAUUUCUAAUAUUGUCAGGAACUUUACAAAGAUCCAGAAGCAAAUUAAGCAGUUAUAUAAGAGACCAAGAAUCAUUAAUAAAGCUAAUAUUACAACCAAUGCUGGGAGGAGCCAACGAUACGCUGACAAGGGCACCUUUCCAGUAGAAUCCACCAGCUGUACCAGUAGACCAUGCCAGAAUGGUGGAACAUGUAUUAACCAAAGAAAAGGCUUUGUCUGUGCUUGUCGUCCCCCAUUUGGUGGUCCCAGCUGUGAUGAAAAGCUACUGAAUGAAAAUGCCUUGAAGACAGAUUUUUCAAAAGGAUCCUACAGAUAUGCUCCGAUGGUGACAUUCUUUGUAGCACACACCUAUGAGAUGAAAAAACCCGGUCCAAUCAAGUUUAACCAUCUCUAUGUCAACUAUGGUGCUGGCUAUGCGCCUGGAAGUGGAAAGUUUUUGAUUCCUUACCUUGGUGUGUAUGUUUUUGAAUACAGUAUUGAGACUUCCAGCUCAAACUUGUCUGGAUACCUGGUGGUGGAUGGAGUAGAUAAACUUGCCUUUCAGUCUAAAGAUAUGAACAGUGACGGCUCUGCCAGCAGAGUUGUGACAGGGGACGCAAUGCUGGAACUGAACUAUGGGCAAAGAGUUUGGUUAAGAUUAACAUCUGGCUCAAUUCCAGCAAAGUUUCCACCCAUGACAACGUUUGGUGGCUAUCUAUUGUAUCGUACAUAAAAGAAAUAGCAUGCAUAUACAGAAUGAUACAUAAACUCUGAGAAUCCAAUAAAACAGACGCAAGGAGCAUCUUGUUCUACUGGAUUUCUAAAGUGACAUUGUAACAUACCUCUCUUGUUAGAGGAGAAUCCAAAUCUAUUGGUAAUAGUCAAUGUUAAUUUUUUAAUCCUUCCUGUGCCCUGAGCAAGAAUUGAUGGCACCAGAAACUGAACAGCAUUUAUUAAUACCUUAAUUGAACCUGUGUCCACCAUACUUCCACACCCUAACUACUUACUGGGUUAAAAAGCUUAUUCUUGCUCAUUUUGAAAAUUGGUUUAAAUCUGGUUCUUAUCCUUUUAGGAGCAGGAACUGUUUCUCCUUAUCCACUCUAUUAAGCAAGCUCAUGAUUUUGAAAGCCUCAAUCAGAUCUUUUCUUUGCCUCCUUCUUCUCCAAGAACAGUCACAACUUCUUCAAUCCAUCCUCAAAACUGAAACUUCUCAAGCUUGGAACCAUUCUUGUAAAUUCUUUUCUGCACUUUCUCCAAUGCAUUCUCAUCCUUUUGAUAACUUGGUUCUCAGAAUUGUACACAAUUAACCCUCAUUUGCGCAAUGUCUCCUGUAACAUAACCAUUGGAGUCCAGGCAUCAAUCUGGGGUGAAUCUAUACUGCACUUACUCCAAGGCAGACAUUGUAUCUGUUAUAAUGUGCCAUGCCCAGAAUUGCUCACAGUGAUUCCGAGUGUGGUCUAAACAGAGCCUUGCUUGGUGAAAACCAAACUGGGAGAAUAAAUAGCAUUUCAGCUGACCCACCAUUAUGGUAACUGCUGAGGUUAAGUGCACACUGAUUGAUCACCUCUUGAGGCUGUUGGAAAACCAAAGUAUAUUGCCGAGAUAUUGGAUUGAAACCAUUGAUUGUUGACCAUGCUGAUUCCCGGUGAAAAUUCCUUGUGUUGAAAGCUUCACACUGGAAUAUCAUCCUGCACUCCUCCCAGGAAGCGGUGAAAGACAUAAAACUAAGAGGAAAGGCAAGAGGUUACUGUGCCUGUUGUCUUCCCACCUUCAUUGCAACUUUAUCAGCAGUGAUACAGAUGACAGACAGCCUGCCCAUCCUUAGGCCAGUCAAGACUCGUUUGGCCAUUUAAGGCCCACUUAAGAACCUCUUCCUGGAUCUGGAAGUGAAAUACCAGCGGCUGAUGGAUUCUUCAGCACUGGAGAAGCUACCUCGUAAAGGUACAUAGCCUCCCUGAGGACAUGAGGAUGAUCGGGAGAGUACUCCAUGGUGGGGUAUCCUGUGGACCACAGAGGCCUCACUGUACCCAUCUGCUGGAAAAGACUGCCCAGGCUGGAAGAAAACCUCUGACCUUACAAUCAGUUCCAACCUCACUUCAAGCCUGUGGCCAUAACCUUCCUGGAUCUGUACAAUUGACCCUAGCAAGCCCUGUCCCCACUAACCUGUGGUCCAGGAUUCCUACUUUGUGGCUUCUCUGGACGCAGCUUACAGUCCCCACAGUACUCACUAUUCCUGAUGACGAUGUUGAGACUAUGAGGCUCCUGCUGGUGGUUCCUGGGACAUCUUUCCUGAGAAUUGUAAAAGCCAAUUGUGGCUUCCAGGACUGACAGAGAUGGGCUUGUCCCUGCCUUAUGGCUGCUUGAUGGGACACCACUUGUGCAUAAAAAACAGGCCAUUGUUAUUGAUCAUCAGUAGUGGAGCUUUCUGUUCUGAUGUUCUUCAACCUUUACUGUAUGGAUAUUGUGGACUACAAAUGGACUAAUUCAAAUUGAAGACUAUGUGAUUGAACGUUGUAACAUUUCCAAUCACAAAAUAAUCAGAUCUGGAGUAAACAUCAUGAAAGAAAAUUUGUGAAGUGGAUUUUGCCAUCAAAGGAGCCAACCUUGCCAUUGGACUGGAUUUAGGUUAUGGCAUCACCAGGUUUUGUCUAAAGUAACACACGCUUGGGUAAAGCAUUGUGCUUGCAUCAAAUGGGCUUGAGUUCAUUUUUAUCUCAAACUAUUUCAUUGAUAAGAAUAAAAAAAGAGUGCUGCCUCAUCCAAACAAAUGUGGAAAUGUUGGAGUAAAAUUUGUCCAGGAAUCCACGCAAACCAGGCAAAAGUGAAGUGGCAGUUCCGGAAACAUUUUUCUCAAUUUUCACUUCUGUUGGAUUGAUAUGAGCAAAGCUGAUAAGAUUACUGGAUAUGUCAGAUUUCAGACUGGAAUCUGGCUCAAUAGCUUGCAUAUUGCUUCUAAGUUUGAACAAGGUGGUCUUUCACUGAAACACCAAAUCGCUAUGCAGCUGGUUUGGCUUUAACAAUAAAACAUAAGUUUAUUUCCUAAAAGCAAUUAAGAUAAAAUAGAAUUAACUAAAUUAUUUGAAUAUAAUGCAAAUAUAAGGAUUUAGACACACCCAGUUAAGUACAAUUCCAUUAAUUCCAAAAGCUCUGCCAGAGACAAUUCCCUUCUCUUUCAUAACAUUAGACUUUAAUUUAAUUGUGGCUAAUUGUGGCUUCUAUUCCCCAUCUUGAUGAUUUGACAGCCUCUUCCUGGACCCUUCAAACAACUGAGCUUAGACUUUCUUAGUUUUAAUUAAUCCCUUCAGGGUUAUAAUUAAACACUUCUGUAACUUUCAAAUUAAACUACUUAUACUGAGGACAUCUAUUUCUUAAGCAUUCUAAACCACCUCCUUCCAUCACAAGCAACUGUUUACACAUGUAGCUUCAGCUAGGUCUUUUAGAAAGUCUCCAAACUAAAACCCAAAAGCUUUUUUUUGGCAAGUUUCGGGAGUUUUCAUAAUUAAAAAGAAAAAAUAACAAUCUUUGACCUUCAAAACUGAAAACCUAAUGUAUAACUGUUAACUCUAUUCAUAAAAACUGUCCUAAUGGAAACUCUUUUGACACAACAAAACCUCCCUGAUAUACUUUUUUUUAAAUUAAAUCACCAUGACUCCAGAGAUACUUACAAAUUAAUCAUUAAAUCCACUUCAGGCACUUAGAUCAAAACCCACAUGCCACAAGUUUAGAUUCAAGCUCUAAAAUAAAUGACAUUAAAAUAUAAAUAAGUCUAACUUCUUACAUCAUAGAAUUCAAAAGAAAGCUGAGACUAUUAUUCUUGCACCAAAGAAGAUUGAGGGGAAGUUUGGUUACAGUGUAUUCAAUUUCAAAUUGGUUUAGGCAAGGUAGAAAAGGAAGAGCUGUUCCUGUGAACAAUUGUACAAGGACCAGGGAAGAAAGAGUUGAGGUUUCAAGCAUGAGAUGCAGUGGGAUGUGUGGAAGAAAUUCCUUUAUACUACAGGUGGUAAUGACCUGCACCUCACUGCUUAAGAAGGCUGUGAAUAUAGAAGCGAUCAAUGAUGUCAAAGUGAAAUCUUGUUGAAAGCUUAAAGGUAUUGAGAAAAGUUUUCUACAUAUAAUUUUGAUUAAGUUUUGAAGGAGCAAGUUCUCCUUCUAUAGACACUUGGCGCAAGAAAGAAGGGGGAUUGUCAAUGAUGAUGGAAGAGAUGUAAAGGGAUGUAAACUAAAGUUUGAAAGGGAGAGAACAGGUUCCCUCUAUGGUUUUAUGGCUUACUGACUCCUAAAUAAACUGGGAGAAAACACCAUCCCUCCACAGAUGCUACCAGACCUGCUGAGUUUCUCCAGCACUCUCUGUUUGUCAGAGAAGAAAUGAUGGAUGUAUGGUGGUACAGUGUCAGUCUGGCUAGAGUGACAGUCCUGGAAUUUCCUAGUGAAAAAAGCAACCCAAACUUGCUCUUUCAUCAUAUUCCUCCCACUCCUUGACAAUUGGCAUAUACAACCUUUACAAACCAUCAAAAUCUGUCCUCACUUUCAAUUCCUCACUCAAAAAAUGACUGUUUUCUCCUACUUUACUCAAAAGUCAACACCUUAUAAAAUCUGGGACUGUUAUAAAACCUGUCUUUAUUCAACCAAUAUCUGUAGUGAAUCACACUAAGCAAUCUUAAUUUACAGAUGAAUCCUCAGGACAUUGUGCGCAGUUACAAAAAAAUCAAUCUUAUGAUUUCAAUCCAAAGCAAUCUCACUGUAGCACUAAUUCAACAUCUACAGACAACAGUUGCUUAUUGUUUGAUAGAUAAUAAAAUG